CCAAAUUCUCAGCCAGAAGGAAGAAGUGAAGGCAGCGACACUUCGCAACGCCACCACCACAACUGCCACCAACCUGAAGUGAAGAAGACACUCACUCGCCCUGCAAAGCUUUGUUCUCUGCUCCCCACGUCGCGUCUUGACGCACCACACACCACAAAACAACACGUUCACCCGCAGGUCUUGAGAGGAUGGGGGAAGAGAGUGUGCGGGUGGUGGUGCGCUGCCGCCCACUGAACAAGCGCGAGAAGGGCCUCAACUGUGCGGUCGUGGUGGACAUCUUCACAGAGGCCGGCCAGGUGCACCUGAAGAAACCCAACGCAGGCAAGGAUGAGCCGCCCAAGAAGUUCACCUUUGACGGCGCGUACGGCAUCGACUCCAACACCAAGAUGAUCUACGAGGACGUCGGCUUCCCGCUCAUCGAAUCCGUGCUCGAGGGCUACAACGGCACGGUGUUCGCCUACGGCCAGACCGGCUGCGGCAAGUCCUUCACCAUGGAGGGCAUCCCGGAUCCGCCCGAGCACCGCGGAAUCACGCCCCGCUCCUUCGAGCACAUCUUCCAGGAGGUGGCCGUGCGGGAGAACACCAAGUUCCUCGUGCGCGCGUCGUACCUCGAGAUCUACAACGAGACCAUCCGCGACCUGCUCUCCUCAGACCAGGCGCAGACGCUCGACCUCAAGGAGCACCCGGACAGGGGCGUCUACGUCAAGGGCCUCACAGAACACGUCGUGCACGAUGCGCAGGAGGUGCUGCGCGUCAUGGCCAAGGGCAGCAAGAACAGGUCCGUCGGCGCCACCCUCAUGAACGCAGACUCGUCCCGCUCCCACUCCAUCUUCACCGUGUGGAUUGAGGCUGCAGAGUCCAUCGAGGACGGCAGCGAGACCAUCCGCGCGUCAAAGCUCAACCUGGUUGACCUGGCCGGCUCCGAGCGGCAGGGCAAGACCGGCGCCACGGGCGACCGCCUCAAGGAGGCCACAAAAAUCAACCUCUCCCUCUCUGCGCUCGGUAACGUCAUCUCCGCCCUCGUCGACGGCAAGGCAAAGCACAUCCCGUACCGCGACUCCAAGCUCACCCGCCUCCUGCAGGACUCCCUGGGCGGCAACACCAAGACGCUCAUGGUGGCCGCGCUGUCGCCGGCCGACAACAACUACGACGAGACGCUCUCCACGCUGCGCUACGCCAACCGCGCCAAGAACAUCAAGAACAAGGCCAUCAUCAACGAGGACCCGAAGGACGCCCUCAUCAGGCAGUACCAGGAGGAGAUUGAGAAGCUCAAGACGCUGCUCACCCAGCAGGGCAGCAUCGACCCAUCAAUGCUUGCCAACCUCUUCAACGCAGCAGGCAACGGCGCAUCCUCUGCAGCGGCAACGCACAAGACCGUGUCGCCGUCCAAGCAGGCGCCCGCAGCACCGGCGCAGCAGGAGCUGUCGGCGCAGGAGAGGGCGGCGCUUGAGGAGCGCAUCAGGAAGGAGAAGGAGCAGGAGCUUGCGGCUAUGGAGGACAAGCUGAAGAGCGAGUACGACACCAAGCUCGCCGACCUGGAGAAGGCCGUGGAGGACCAGCGCAUGACAAACGAGAAGCUGGAGCAGGAGUUUGAGCGGCUCACCAACGAGUACAACGUCAAGCGCGACCAGGCCCGCAGCACCAUGGAGGACGACAUUGAGCGCAACGUGCAGAGCGAGGUGGCGGUGCGCGAAGGAAAGGCUGCGGGCGCCCCGAGCACGGUUGUUGCCGGCGCUGCUGCUGAUGAUGAUGAUGGCACUGGCAGCGUCACGGGCACGACGGACACCAGCAUCCCACCGGGCAGCCUGCUGGACACCAUGCCGAGCCCCGCGCCAGGGUCUGCCCCUCAGUUGCUGGUGGAGGACAGCGACAAGGAGUUUGAGGUCAUCCCGCACACAUAUGUCGUCGUGGACAGCAACGGCGAGCAGGCGUUUGCGGUGCGCCAGGCGGGCAGCCAGGAGCUGUACCGCGCAGAGGCGUCGAGCGACGGCCACCUGCACCCGGUCUUUGAUGCAAAGGACCGGCCCAUGCGGCUCAAGGGCGCGCGCAUCGCCGUGUACAAGGAGGUUGGACGCGUUGACCAGCACCCCGUGCAGGCGGUCGCCGCCAUCGUCGGCGCGGGGGACGGCGCCGUUGUUCCCGCGCUGCUCGGGCCGGAGGACAACCAGCCCGUGCGGGCAGCGGUGGACCGGCUGGGCUGCCUCACCCUCUUCCUCGACGACGACGACGAGCCAGAGCCUAUCCUUACCGCAGAGGGCAUGCCCGUGCCCUACGUGCCGCUGCAGGAGCGCUGUGUCGUUGUGCAGGGCAAGGAGGGCGAGCCAGAGGUGGCGCACGUGACGAGCGAGGGUGUGCCGGUGAAGUGCGCGGUGGUUGACGGGCAGCUGCAGCCGCUCAAGGGCAGCGACGGGCAGCACACGGUGCUCGUCGGGCCGGAUGGGCUGGCCGCCAUCCCUGUCGUGUGUGCUGGCAGCGGUAACGCAGCCGCCAGCGGUGAGGCCGCCACCAAGGGCCUGGACAUGCAGGUGCGGGCAGUGCGGACGGGCGACGGAAAGGUGCUGCCGUGCGUGCUGUCCAGCGAUGGUGUCCCGCUCAAGGCGCAGCUGGUCAAGAAGAAUGUGUUUGCGCCGCUGCGUGACGAGAACCACACGUAUGUGCGGGUGAGCGCUGAUCGCAGCACGGUGCAUCUGGCAACUGCGGACUCGAGUGUCGUGCGCAUGGCGCCGUCGCAGCCAAAGGUGCUUCGUGAACAGCAGAAGCAAGGCCAGCAGCAACAGCAAGGGCAGCAGCAGCAACAGCAACGACCAUCCGCUCAGGGCGCGCAGAAGCCAAUCGACAUUGCUUCGUUGGGACUGAGCGACCUUGAGGGCAACCCGUUGGUUGCAGCACUCAAGUCGAAGCUCGCCUCCUUUGAGCAGAACCUGGUCAAGGGUGGCAAGGGCGCUGGGGACGACAAGUUGAAGGAAGGGCUGAAGAAGCGCCGCAAGCGCGCAGAGGAGCGGCGGCGCCGUAUUCGAGAGGCCAUUGAGAACGCAGAGGGCGAAGACAUUCUCGAGGACAUCUACGACAACCUGCAGGAUGAGAUCAAGGGCAAGCGGAAGCAGCUCUCGAAGGCAAAAGACAUUAUCAAGAGCCUCAAGCAGGAAAUUGAGGACAUUCAGACGGAGUUUGCACGCGAGCGCGAGUCGCUGCUGAACGACAUCCGCCGGUCAGAACAGGAGCGCAAGUUCUACAGCCAAUACGUCGACCGCGUCCUCCCAGUCAUCAGACAAGACUGCAACUACGCGAACCUGACCAAGAUCCGCGCAGCCUCUGUUUGGAACGAGGAGGCAGACCGCUGGAUGAUGCCCAAACUCACACGCCAGCGAGCACAGCUGCCAACAGGGCAACCCGGGUCUGCCUCUGACCGGGGCGGGUCUGGGCGGAGUCGCGGCGACUGGAGCGAAGACGACGACGAUCGACUGCGCGAUCGCCUCAACCGCUCCCAGCGCUCCGACUACUUCAACAACUCGUCCUCCUCCGUCCUCUCAAAGGUCUCGCGCAGGGAGCAAGAGAUUGCGCUGAAGCAACAGCAGCGUGUGCAAGCAUUUGAACACGUUCCCAUGACAUCCACACGGACCCAACAGCUCCUCAACUCCAGCCGCAACAUGGGCGAUAGGUUGGGUCGCCGUCACAAGCGCGUGGAGCCUGGCGGUGUGUCUAUUUCGCAACUCGCUCGCCGCCAGAACCAGCGCAAGCAGCGGCCAAACAUGGGCGAUGACGUGUUCUCAAACUCGCCCGAGUGGUGAACACACAGAUUGUGUGUGUGUGUGUGUGUGUGUGUGUGUG